AUGGUGAAGAAGUUGGGUGGAAAAAUUGUUGAGGUCUUUUCAGAUUCGAGGUUAGUUGUCGGGCAAUUUAAAGGUGAGCUGGAGGCCAGGGACCAUAGGAUGCAGGGAUAUCUUGGUAAAGCUCGGCAACUACAAUCUGGUUUUGAAUCUUUCUCCAUACAGCAGGUCUCGAGGAGUAAGAAUACUCAUGCAGACUCUUUGGAAACUAUAGCAACCUCUUUUGAGCAGGGCCUUCCUUGGGUCAUCCUCGUCGAGGAUUUAUUGAGGCUUGCUGAGCUGGAAAUGGUGAGGGUCGGAGUUCACCAGAUAUGGGUUGGUCCCAAUUGGAUGGAUCCCAUAGUUGCAUUCCUGAAAGAGGGAACAAUGCCUCCUGAGAAAGGAAAGGCGGAGAAAAUACCAAGAAAAGCUUCCCGUUUCUUGCUAUCCGAGGAACAAAAAUUGUAUAAGUGCCCUUUUUCAAGGCCAUAUUUACUCUAUGUUCAUCCCAAGGCAGUGGAGCCACUUUUAGAAGAACUAUUUGCCCUAAGUAUCCAUCAGCCUGAGGGCAUGCUAAAUCCUCUUUCUAAUUUGUGGCCAUUUGCACAAUGGGGUUUGGAUAUUGUAGGGCCAUUUCCUAGAGCAGUGGGAAACCAAAGAUGGCUUCUUGUCGGAAUUGAUUACUUCACAAAGUGGGUCGAGGCUGAGCCGUUAUCUUAUAUCAGAGAUGUUGAUGCAAAGAAGUUUGUCUGGAAGAAUAUUGUGGAAGUAGUUAAUAAGGUUAUAGUUAGUGGGCUCAAGAAGAGAUUAAAUGAAGCUAAGGGUAGAUGGGUUGAAGAGCUCCCACACGUUCUUUGGACAUAUCAGACAAUUCCUCGACGUUCAACUGGGGAAACACCGUUUUCCAUGACCUAUGGUUCCAAGGCCGUGAUCCUUUUGGAGACAGGGUUUCUGACAUUAAGGACAAGCUUAUUCGCUCUUGACAACAAUGAUCAAUUACUACGGAAGAGUUUGGAUUUAAUUGAUGAACAGAGAGAACUGGCCAUGGUCCAGUUGGCACACUACCAGCAAAAGCUUAAGCAAGGGUACAAUAUGGGGGUGAAGGUCAGACCAUUAGCACCGGGGGAUUUAGUGUUGAGAAAGGUGGUAGGAACUGCAAAGAACCUAUCUUGGGGAAAACUAGGACCUAACUGGGAAGGGCCGUACCGCAUCACUUCGGUGGCCGGAAUAAGAGCUUAUUUUUUGGAAGAUUUAAAUGAAAAUAAUAUACCACGUCCCUGGAAUGUAAAUAACUUUCAAAGGUACUAUUAUUAA